CAACGCCAAUCCCCUCAAGAACAAUGUGAGUACGAUCCCCAGAUGUUGAAUCCUCUCCGAAUAGCCUUCUCGAUGUCGAUAUGUACUUUCUGUGCCAAAUCAGCACAGAAAACCGUCCAUUUUGAGAUGGAUGGCAACACUUCAAACUGGAUGGACCGGACCCGCGACAUCGAAUUUUUUCGUCUUCUGCGAUACCCUUCUUCAGACGCUUACAUAUCUCUUUCUUGCAGAAUAAACCAUGGGUCGGGUCAUUAGGGCACAGAGGCGCUCGCACGCCAUCUUCAAAGCGCACACUCGUCUUAACAAGGCUCCCGCCCGCCUUCGUGCGCUCGACUUUGCGGAACGUAAUGGGUACGUUCGUGGAAUCGUAAAGGAGAUCAUCCACGACUCUGGCCGCGGUGCCCCCCUCGCCCGAGUCGUUUUCCGCGACCCUUACCGCUACAAACUCCAAAAAGAGACCUUCAUCGCCACUGAAGGCCUCCACACUGGUGCUUUCGUCUACUGCGGCAAAAAGGCCACUCUGGCUGUCGGAAACAUUCUCCCUAUCGGACAAUGUCCUGAAGGUACCAUUGUCUGUAACAUCGAGGAGAAGGUUGGUGACCGUGGUGCCCUCGCACGUACAUCCGGCAAUUACGCAACCGUCAUUGGACACCAGCCUGAUGAGAACAAGACCCGUAUAAGGUUGCCGAGUGGUGCGAAGAAGACGAUCUCUGGGGGUGCUCGUGCCACCGUCGGUAUUGUCGCUGGUGGUGGACGUAUUGACAAGCCUCUCCUCAAGGCCGGCCGGGCAUACCACAAAUACAAGGCCAAGCGUUACAACUGGCCCCGUACUCGUGGUGUUGCUAUGAAUCCUGUGGACCAUCCUCAUGGUGGUGGUAAUCACCAGCACAUCGGAAAAGCCUCGACGAUCGCCCGUUCCGCUGUUCCUGGACAGAAAGUCGGUCUUAUUGCUGCUCGUCGGACUGGUCUCCUGCGUGGUACAGUCAAGGUCAAGGAUGUUUAA